GUGAAGAGCAGGACCGAGAUCCAUGUGAAGGAAUUUCCCGUAAAAGUCAAACCGGAUGACUCGAUUGUACUGAUGGGAUCAUGCUUUUCAGGCAAACUCCUCUCCAAGUUCCAGCUAGCCAAGUUCCAAGUCUGUGUCAACCCCUUCGGAACCACCUAUAACCCUCUGUCCUUGGCCUGGCAGCUUGAGAGGCUGGGACAGGAGCGGAGUUUUGACGAGCAAGACGUUCGAUCGCACGGGAGGAAAUGUUUCAGCUUCCAGCAUCACACCAAAUUCACCAGCACCAGCACACAGGAGACUCUGCAGCUCAUGAACAAAGAGUUCAUGCUCGCAAGACAGUCCUUGCUCUCAGCUGACUUUCUAUUCCUCACUCUGGGAUCAGCAUGGGCCUUCACCCUGAGAGAAACAGGAGAAGUUGUUUCAAACUGUCACAAGCUGCCUCAGUUGUUGUUUUCUCGCAAGAUUGUCAGCGCGAGCGAGGCGAGCGAGGCGCUGAAAGAUUCGUUGACGACCUGGAUGUCUCUCAACCCGAAACUGAGAAUCAUCAUCACUGUCUCUCCUGUUCGACAUUGGAAGGACGGAGCUGUUGAGAACAGCAGGAGCAAGGCAAACCUGAUUGUGACAGCGCAUGAGCUGAUGGCUCAGCUGCCAAACAAAGUUUUCUACUUCCCUUCGUAUGAGAUAGUCAUGGAUGACCUGCGGGAUUAUCGAUACUACCAAGAUGACUUGCUACAUCCUACAAACUUUGCCAUUGACUACAUAUGGAACAAGCUCGUUGACAGUCUCUUCACCAAGUCGUCAUCAACCUUGUUGAGGCGACUGGAUGCGAUUCAUCGGGCUGUUCAACACAGACCCUUCGAUGAAGUGGAUCCUGCGUAUCAAGUGUUUGCAAGGAAGCAGUUGAGCGAAAUGGAAAGUUUAGAAAAAGAAUUUCCGCAUGUGAGGGUUUGCUUCUUUCCCCUCGAAGUGUUUUCUUCUGAGGGCCCCUGUCGCCAACAGAUGAGUUUCAAGUCCGAGAAGGAAAUUUUUCUGUCAAGAUUGAUAUGA